CAGAGACUGCGGACAUAGUACAGGGAAUGACCAGAGACUGCGGACAUAGUACAGGGAAUGACCAGAGACUGCAGACACAGUAUAGGGGAUGACCAGAGACUGCGGACACAGUACAGGAGAUGGCCAGAGACUGCGGACACAGUACAGGGGAUGACCAGAGACUGCGGACACAGUACAGGAGAUGACCAGAGACUGCGGACACAGUACAGGAGAUGACCAGAGACUGCGGACACAGUACAGGAGAUGACCAGAGACUGCGGACACAGUACAGGAGAUGACCAGAGACUGCGGACACAGUACAGGAGAUGGCCAGAGACUGC